AUGGAAAAGCGCGAAGUGAGCGGCCGGGGCGAGCCCAUCCCGAGCAUACUAAAAAAUUCUAAAAAGCAUCGUACAGGAGGCGAUCUCGUCGAUAAAAGUACUAAGAUCAGACGAGAAAAGAACGGCUUCAAAAAGGGUGAUGCAAACAUCCCUCUGCCGCAAGGCUGCACACCACUUAUGUACGCCUGUCAACAGGCGAACUAUAAAUCUGUUAUUGAUAUACUCAAUAAAGAUCCGUCAUCGGUACGUAUUCGUGAUCGCAGUCUACGUUCCGCGCUGCACUACUGUGCUUCAAGCGGCGCGGGUGCAAGCCAGGCAGCGCGUGCCGCGUGCGCAGACCGCGUGCUAAUGGCUGCUCCGUCGCUGGCUGAUGCGCGUGAUGCUGAUGGUCUAACACCGUUACAUUUAGCUGUUGUUCACGGCAACGUACCACUCGUGCAAACGCUACUGGCUGCGGGUGCAGAUGUCAACGCGAAGGAUAACGAACAGCAUACCGUUGUUCACUGGGCUACAGUUUGUGGCGAGGUGGGAGCACUAAGAGCGGUGUUGGCCGCAGGGGCUGACGCAGCGACUCCAGACCAACACGGUGGAUAUCCCUUGCAUUACGCCGCGCAAAUGUGUGGAGCACCUGCUGCUACAGAUCACCAGAGCAGAGGAGCAGCCUUGGAAGUGCUCCGGGCUUUAGUAAAAGAAGGCGAUGCGAGAGUAGAAGUCAGGGACGCAGAUGGUCGUACGCCACUACUGUGGGCUGCAUCUGCCGGCUCAGCUGCCGCAGUGUUAGCGUUACAUCAAGCUGGCGCAAGUGUUGACGAUGCUGACAGAGAUGGGUUAACAGCUUUACACUGUGCAUCGGCGCGAGGACAUACAGAAGCCCUAGAAACAUUAGUAGGUCUUUGCGGUGCUCGUGUUGAUGUCGCCGACUCGCAUGGUUGUACUCCACUACACUAUGCCGCUGCAUUAGGUCAUGCAGACGCAACUUCUGCUUUGUUAGUUCAUGGGGCAGAUGCUCAUCGACAGGAUCGAAGAGGCAGAAGUCCUGCUCAUACAGCAGCUGCUAAAGGACAAAUUGAGACUGUACGCAUUCUUGGAGCCAGAGGUACAAAUCUAUGGUUGCGAAAUUCAAAAGGUGAUCUGCCAUUACACGAAGCUGUUGCAUCAGGACGCCGAGAAUUAGUAAAAUGGUUAUUAGAUGGAAGACCGUCACAAGUAAAUGCAACGAAUCAUGAAGGACGAACACCUCUUCACAUUGCUGCGGCUACCGAUAAUGCUGAUCUUUGCCGUCUGUUAUUAGAUCGGGGAGCAGAAGUGAAUCCUGUUGCUAGAUCAUCAAAAAAUGAACCUUUGACACCUUUAGAUUGUGCAACAAGUAGGGGUCAUCGGUCUACUGCAAAAUAUUUACAAAUGCAAGGUGGAUUACCUGCUACAAAACUUUCAAAUACACAUAUUGUAAUUGAUGCUGCACCAAUAUCUGCGUUACCAACGAGAAAAGUAACAAGUACAAAAAUAGAUGUACGUGAUCGGAUUCGAAUAGAAAAACGUGAAGUAGUUGAAUUGUCAAGUCCAGUUUCAGACAGGAGGCGUAUUAUUAAAAGGGAUAAUAUAGAGUCAAAGAGUUGUAGUAGUACCUCAUCUGAAGAUCGUAAAAUGAGAAAGAAAACAAAGAAAUACGGGGACAGAUAUUCUGAACGCAGACAAAAGCGUAUAGAAAAACAACGGAGUUUUAGUGAUGGUUAUGAUAGCGAGUACGAAUUAUAUGACAAAUUCCCUGAAAAAGAACAGAAAAUUAAAAGAGAUACAAAAGAUAAGAAAAGUAGAUCAAAAAGUGAACCAUCUCGAAGGAGUAGAAGUUGUGCAAGAUAUCGUCAUCGUUAUUAUCGGUCUUCAUCAGGAAGUUCAUCGGAAACACCGAGUUAUUCAAAAAAAAGAAAAAGUAGGCGACAUCGAAAGCGAAGUAAGCGGAAAUCAACGUCAACAUCAGACAGUAGCUCUGAAUCAAGCGAACGUCAAAGCAUGAAACGUAAGGGGAAAAAAACGUCUAUUAGAAUCGAAAACGAUAGUGAAAAACAAAGCGUGAAUAUUGUUAAAUUUAAAAAUAUUAACAAGCCUCAAGAUAUUGAAGCAGAAGAUAAUAGUAAAAGUAAAAGUCUACCCUCUAACUCGUUCGAAACAAACUUAGAAAUCGAACCAGUAACAGAAGCCGAAGUAUCAAGAAAUAAAGCUCACAGUGAAACAGAAACUGAUACAAUAUCAGUUAAAACUAAUAUGGUAAUUACAGAAGCUCAAAUUCAUAUGGAACGUGAAUCUAGUCAGCAUGGGAAUUCUGAGCUAACUGUCACUUUGGAUUCAUCGAAUAAUGUUUCAAUAGAAACUACAAAUUUAUCUGUUAUGCAUAAAGAUUUAGAUGAACAAUCAAAGCAAGAUGAUAAAACACAAAAAGAAGAAGAUUUUCAGAGCAAUGUGAUAGAAGAAAAGGUAGAGAUAAAAGCGCUGGAUAAAAUCGAGCCAUCUACUGAAAAGGAUACAACUGAAAAAAGUUUCAGUUUGAAAACUGAUGAAGAAGAUAUAACUAAAACUAUUCAUGAUUCCGAUAAAGUAAAAGAUGAAUCUAAUUUAAAAAGUGAAAUAGAUAGACCUGAUUCAUUAAAAGAAGUAGAUAAAGAACCAGAAACUCUUGAAAAUGAACAAUUAAUAAUAGAUAAACACACGAACGAUGAAACACAAAAUGCACAAAUACAACAAAGAGACAGCAAUGACAAUAGUUUAGAUAUAAAGAAAAUAACAUCUUUUCAAAUUUUAUCUGGCCCAGAUAAAAUUAAUUCUGACAGUAAAGAUGAUUCUAAGUCAAGUAUAGAAAAUCUAGGUAAAGAUCAAGAAGACAAGAGUUCACCGAGCGUAUCUUUUUCAAACAAAGACGAAAUAAUCAAAAUUAAGGAAUCAGAUAAUGCCUCCGAAUGUUUAAUGGGAGAGCAUAUUAUAAAUAACAAAAAUGAUGAAAAAACUGAAAAAGAACUUCUUAAGCAAAGUGAAAGUGUUUUAGCAAAAGAUCAUGAUGAAGUUCUAACUAUUUCUAAAGCCGCUAGCAGUGAAGAUAUUCAAAUUCCUGAUAAAGGUAUUAUAACAAUACUAGAUAAUGAUACAAUAAAUCAGGGUCCAGAUGAAAGAGAUUGUGAAACAAGUCUACCACUGUCACAAAUUUCUCCUAGGCGUAUUAGUAAAUCUUCAAAAGAUAGUCAAGUAAGCAGUAGAAAAAGCAGUAUUUAUGAAACCGAAAGUUAUAAAGUUCUAUCGGAUACUGUAGGUACGGCUGAGUUAAGCGUCGGAAUAUUGAAAAAAUCAAACACUAUGGGCGAAGAAACCAUGCGCGCUGUAAGAGAAAGUUCAUUCGGAAGAAUCCCCAGUAUAAGUGAUAAUGAAAUUUACUAUAGUCUAUCAGAAGCAAAUGGUCGGAGGAAACGUUUUCGGAAGAAAGGUAGAUUGAAAAGUAGAAUUACUAUCAGGUCAAAAAGUGAGAAUUCGGAAAGAGGUUAUGAAUCUAGCGGCUUAAUGGAUUCUGGUUUUGAACCGAGUCCACGCCCAGUUCAACGUUUUAUUAUGAGCCCAAGACUUAAUGCGUACUACCAACAACGCAGGAGUGCAAGACAUAUAGGAAAAUCUGACAGUAAAAUACCGGUUCGAAAACCAGGGGAUAAAAAAGCUGUAGAUAUGAAGUCUGUCACACAAAGAAUACAAACAAAUAUGAGGAGAUAUUACUGCGAACGAAAAAUCUUUCAGCAUUUAUUAGAACUUAAACGUUUACAAAUAAGGACAAGUAAAGCUAAUGAGGCUGUCUUAGUGAAAAGGGCUAUUGAUGAAUUUAACAAAUCUAGUCUAUCGAAUGUUGGGUUGGGUCCUUAUAAUAGCACCGAUUAUUCAUUUAGCAGUUUUGAAAAAUUUCUAUAUGAAAGUUUAAGAAAACUACAAAAAAGUGGAAAGCGACAUUUGGAUAAUUUACCUGAAAAGGCAAUAGAUUUUGAUUAUGGAGAAAGUGAAUUAUACAAAAUGAGUGCUAUCCCUGAUAACCCAUGCCUAUGCACGAGUAAAACUCAUCGGUGUUUUCAUGCAGUACAUGCUUAUACAGGAAUUCCUUGCUCCGCAUAUAUUCCCUAUAAAUGGAAUCACCACACAAUGCCCAAGCCAGCUACAGCAGGUACAAGUAAAUCUAAAGGAUUUUUACCCAAAAUUAAAUCGAAACCACCGUCUGGAAAAGCACACGUAACUCUGGAAGUGUCACAUGGUACAGAAAGACAACUUAUAGCCUUACCAGCUGAGAAAUUGGAUAAAAAUAAAAGGUAUUAUGUAACGUUUACUGUCAAAGGUUCUGAACCACCAUCUGACGAUAACGCUUCUCCCAAAUCAUCAACCAAGACGAAAAGUGGGUGAUAUUGAUAAACCGAUACAGUAAACAUAGUAUUAACAGAUUGUUAUAUUAUAUAUUAAUUUAAAUAGUUAACACAAUUUGCACAAAUGAAUAAAAGAGGAUCUAUAAUAUUUAGAUAAAUUAAAAUUUAAAAUAUUAAAUAUACUCAUUCGGUUGUGUUAUAUAUUUUAUGUAAAUAGAUUAAAUUCAUUUUUGUUCGACAUAUACCGAAUUUAUUUUUAUUGUAACUAUAUAUUAUGUAAAAUGUUUUGAAUGAGUAUCCAUUUUUUACCCAAAAACAACUUAAUGGUACAAAAGCCCGUGAACGCGUCACACCUUCAUUACCUUACUCCGAUUUUCAUACGAAUUUAGCCUGGCUGCUUGCGAAGCAUAUUUAAACAUUUAACCGCGUUAAUAAUGAAAUUAAUACAAAAAAUAGAUUUUAGAAAGUUAAUAAUAGUUUAAUUUAUGAAAAUAUAAGUGUCUUACGAGGAGUCACAGAAUAUAUCGAAAAAUCAUGCUUUUACUGUGAUGUUUUAGUGUAUUUUAUGCAUCUGUUACCAUCGCAUCGGUUGAAGGAAUAUUAAUCUUUACCUAAACUUAAGAUAUAGCCUGCAAGGGCUCUUGCUCUAUGAUCAUUUUAUUAACAAUCUGUGCAAACUAGUUUUAAGUGAAAUACAAAAUAUGUGUAAUUCUCUUUGACUUAUUACUUCUCCAAAACCAUUAAAUCUUAUUUCAAGUACUUUAGCUAAAUCACAUUAUUGAUAAGUAAUUUGUCACAUUUAUUAUAUGUAUUUAUAUCGUGAAACAAAUAACAAUAUUUUUGAUAAUUUCAAGUAAUAAGUAUAUUUUUCUAUUAAAACGGCUGAUUCAAAUUUAUAUAAUAAAGUAACUGAUGUAUCAUAUUUUGGAACUAAUCGAUCAUUAUCAUAAGUAUCACUGCCAUUUUAGACUAUCAUAACUUAUUGAUAUAUAAAUACAAUAAAACGUCGAAUGACAGUGAUUAAUCGUAAUUAGUUGAUAUUCAAUCACCGAAUUCUUACAAAAUAUUAAGACACUAAUUUGAAAUAGUUAUAGGUAAAUGUAUUAUUUAUGUUAUUGGUCUUCCUCUUUAAUGUGUUAAUUUUAAUUGAUAAUAUUUAACUAUUCAAGAACAAUAUGAGCAAUAAGUGUAUGAAAUAAUUUUACUGUAAUACCUUUUACUAGUUUGCAAACCCAACCCAAUUCAAGUCUUUGUUAUUUUAACAUGCGGGAGAACCUUCGCUCUCGGCGAAGCCGAUAGUUAUUUAGAAAUCCCAUUUUCAAUGUCUAAACUAUUAUUAUGAAAAUCCUUAAUUAUAUUUUGAUUUAAACUUGA